ACAGUGAGAAUUAUAUUACAAUGGAUGUAAUUUAUAUAGGAUGGUUUGGUCUAGUAAUUGGGUUUGUGUUAUGGUGGUGGAAUGAGUAUUGGUAUGUUGUUCCUCUCAAGUUUAAAUGCUCAAAAUCAGCUACAAAAUUGCCACCAGGUCACUUGGGAUUCCCUUUCAUUGGAGAAAUGAUUCUUUUUCUUUGGUAUUUCAAAAUUGUUCGACGUCCAGAUGAUUUCAUUAAUUCUAAGAGACGCAAAUAUGGAGAUGGAGUAGGCAUGUUUAGGACACACCUCUUUGGAAAGCCAUCUAUCAUAGUAUACACUCCGGCUGUUAACAAAUUUGUGCUAUUCUCAGACACCAACUUCAAACUAGAAUGGCCUAGUGUUGAACUUUUGGGCCAAACUUCAAUAGCGGCCGUCCAUGGGAAGGCCCAUACAAGGGUCCGCAACUGUAUCACCAAUGCCAUUAAUCGUCCUGAUGCCCUAACCCGCAUUGCUGCUCUUGUCCAACCUCGACAAGUCGCUGCUCUUCGAUCUUGGGCACAAAUGGGUAAAAUCAAUGCCAAGGUUGAAACCGAAAAGCUAACCCUUGAGAACAUUGGGAAAUUAUUCUUGGGCAAGGAGUCAGGCCCUUUUAUAAAUUCUUUGGAUAAGCUCUAUCAAGGUGUGCUUCCUGGAGUGAGAGCCUAUCCAAUUAACUUUCCUGGUUUUGCAUACCAUCAUGCUCUUAAGUGUAGAAGAAAGCUUGAGGACAUUUUUUUGAUGGAGUUAGAUAAGAGAAAGAAUAAUGAAAAUAAUGUGGAAACAUUAAUAGAUCUAAUGGACGGGUUGAUACAAAUUGAAGAUAGUGAUGGUGACAAAUUAAGUGACAAAGAAGUUAUAGACAAUAUUGUCUCUCUAGUGUUUGGUGGAUAUAUCUCUACAUCUGUUGUAUCAAUGUGGGCUAUUUACCUUCUUGCCAAGAAUCCAAUUGUGCUACAAAAGCUAAGGGAAGAGAACAUGGCUUUCCAAAAGGGAAGUCCAGAGGAUUUUAUUACAACUAAAGAUGUUUCAAAUUUAAAAUACACAAACAAGGUCGUUGAAGAAGUUAUAAGAAUAACUAAUGUUACACCUUUUAUUUUCAGAAAAGCCGUAAAUGAAGUCGACUAUAAAGGUUAUAAGAUACCAAAGGGAUGGAAUGUAAUUCUCCUCAUUCGUUAUAUUCAUACAAAUCCAGAGAACUAUAAAGAUCCUCUAUAUUUCAAUCCUGAUAGAUGGAAUGAGCCAGCAAAGCCGGGAACAUACCAAGUGUUUGGUGGCGGACAAAGACUAUGCCCUGGAAACAUGCUUGCAAGAAUUCAACUAACACUUAUGCUUCAUCAUUUGUCCAUAGGAUACAAGUGGGAGCUCAUUAAUCCGAACGCAAAUAUAAUUUAUCUUUCGCAUCCUUCUCCUAUUGACGGGGUCGAGGUCAAGUUCAGCAAAUUGUGAAG